AUGGCUGAUACCGCGCCCAACGGUGGCUCCCUUUUGGAGUCCACCAAGAACAGUGCUGCUGCUGCUUACGACUCUGUUACAAAUGGCCCCGUUGCUCAGAAUGUCAAGGACCAAAACGCAAAGACUCAGGCCGAGCUUUCGAAUCUCGCUGCCUCCCGCAAGACUCCUAAUACUCCUGCUGCCACUGGCCAGCCUCUCACGCACUACCACUCUUUCUUCUCUGAGCUCUUGUCAUGGAAGAAUCCUCGUGCGUCCGCCAUUGCAUACGCUUCGAUUGUCUCCUUCAUCUUCGCCGCUAGGUACCUCGAUGUGAUCCGCUGGGCUUUCAAGCUUUCCUUCAUGGCUCUUGCCGUCACCGUCGCCGCUGAGGUUACUGGUAAGGUCGUUCUCAGCCACGGUUUGGCCACUCAGAUGCGCCCCCGCCGAUACUGGACCAUCUCUCGAGCUACCCUCGAUGGCAUGAUUGGCGACGUCCACGAACUCAUCAACUUCUUUGUUAUUGAGGCCCAGAGAGUGCUCUUUGUUGAGAGCGUUGGCGCCUCCACCGCUGCCUGCAUCGCUGCCUUCAUUUCCUACCAUCUCGUCAAGCUUGUGCCGUACUGGGGUCUCGCCAUCAUUGCCACCACGGUUGCCUUCUUCGUUCCUCUGGUUUACACCUCCAACCAGGAGCUGAUCGACCAGCACCUCAAGACCGCCUCCGAUGCUAUUAACGCUCAGACCGCUCAGGUUCGGAGCGUUGCCCAGAAGCAGGCCGAUCAACUCACUGCUAUGGGCAAGCAGUACGCUGGAGACUACACCGGCAAGGUUCAAGAGAUGCUCCGCGGCCGCGGCUCUGCUGCUCCUUCCGGUCCUCCCAAGCCUGUCGCCCCUACCAAGAAGCCGGAAUUCCCUGUUCCUCCCACCGAGGAGCCCACGUCCACCAAGACCGCCGAGCCCGAGGGCAAGGUCCCCGAGAAACCUGUCAUUCCUGAGACAGAGCCUUUGAUUGCUUCCUAG